AUGGGGAAAGCAGUUCUCUACUUAUUGCGAACAGAGUUGGCUGGGCCAAUGGGGAUCUUGAAGAUAAUUGGGGUGGAUAUACAUUUGUUUCUGGCAAUAGGUCUUUGCUCUGUCACGGCGGAUCGCAACAUCAAGUUCAUAGCCGGCGAGAGCCGGUUCAACCCAAAGUACUUUGAGAACUUCACCUUCACUAUCCGCAACGACCAGAUCUUCUUGGACAUGUACCUGCGAAAGCCUCUGCUCAGAGGCUGGAGAGCCAGAUUGGACUUCCGGACACGCGUGGGAAACUCGAAAAGCUUCCAGAGCCUUUUCUCCACCAAUGUCGACGUAUGCAACAUUGUUAACGCGGCCAAGACCAACCUCUUCAAGAAGUGGUACAAGAACCUGCUCAAGUACGGCAACUUCCUCCGCCAGUGUCCGCUGAACGCGAGCCACUACUACUUGCGGGGCUGGCAGUUCGGAGAGGGCUUAGUGCCGCCGUUCAUAACUAGUGGAUCGUACCGAUUGGAGACCUACAACUUUUUUGGAAAGUACAAGGGCAAAGACGAGGACUUCAUAAUGAGUUGUACGGCCGAUGCUGUCAUACAUAUCUGA